GCCCCUGCCAUUUUCCCUCGGUUGUUUUGCUUUUUUAUCCUGGAUUCUCCAUGUUGGAGCAAUAGCGAGGACUUGCCUAGUGUUAGCUAGCUGUCAGAGGGGACCUUGGCGUUACAAUAAUAUACUUCGUGUUAAAUGCAUGAGACAAAUUGGGUAGCUUGAACGUGGAAAGAUAGCGGCAUCUAGCUGCAAUUGCCACGAGAAAAAACGUUUUUAUCUAAAUAUUUUAGGAUACCAACGGGUUGGUAAGCGCAAUUGCUAACCAGCUAGCUGAAUGUUGAAAGUAGCUACCUGCGAAUUGGGGGAACGGAUUGGACUUUGAGGGGCUGUGCAUUUGUUAGAUGGAAAGUUCUAUUAUCACUCAAGUGCAGAAAGAAGAUAGUCAACUGCCGUCCAAGACAGGCCAGGUGAACAAAUCUUCCCCAAAGAAGCCUCGGAGCCGGAAUAUCUUCAAAGCGCUUUUCUGUUGCCUCCGAGCACAGGAUGCCCCUCAGCCUCCACCCCCUGCCCAGGAUACUCUACUCCCUCCUGAGGACAAUGGGACGAUCGACAAGCUUGAUCUACUUCAAAACCUUCGCUACCAGUUUCAUCAAGUUCCAGGGACAAGUCUACUGCCAGAGGUAACCCCUCAGGAUGAGGGCAAGAUCUGUGUGGUCAUUGACCUGGAUGAGACAUUGGUGCACAGCUCCUUCAAGCCCAUCAGUAAUGCUGACUUCAUUGUACCUGUGGAGAUUGAAGGAACAACACACCAGGUUUACGUCCUGAAGAGGCCACAUGUAGACCAGUUCCUCCAGAGGAUGGGAGAGCUGUUUGAGUGUGUUCUCUUCACUGCAAGUCUUGCGAAGUAUGCAGACCCAGUGACAGACCUGCUGGAUCAGUGUGGUGUGUUCGGAACGCGUCUCUUUCGGGAGUCCUGUGUGUUCCACCAGGGCUGCUACGUCAAGGACCUGAGCCGCCUGGGCCGCCAGCUCAAUAAGACCCUCAUCCUGGACAACUCCCCCGCCUCCUACAUCUUCCAUCCGGAGAAUGCUGUGCCUGUGGUGUCCUGGUUUGACGACCUGGAGGACACUGAGCUGCUGAGCCUCCUACCCGUCUUUGAGGAGCUGAGUGAGGCGGACGACGUCUAUGCUAAGCUGCAGCAGCUACGAGCCCCCUGACACAACACGCCCCCUCUGACAAGCCAGAACCUCCCCCUCUCAGCCAGACCACACCCAUCAACCGACGGAAAAAGCCAAAACCUUACUUACAUACACGCACUUUGUGUGCGGUGUUAGUAUCCUAGACACACUUGGCGGUGUGUUUGUUUGGCCCCUGAACUGUGUGUUUGGACGGCUGUCCACCGCUCCUACUGUCCUCCUCCUUCUCAGUAUGUUAGCUGGUGCUGCAAAAACUGCUGUCCUGGAAACAAUCCAACAAACACAAUGCAAAGUGGCUCACUCUUUUCUCAUUUUAAAAUCGGAACUCAAACACAUACUAUUACUCCAAUCAUUCAAACUGACUGGCCAGGUCUUUGUUUCUCCAAAAACAAGACUUUGAUUUUAUAGUGACACAAAACGAAUUGUGACACAAAACAAUGGACUCUGCACAUCACCUCUCUGCUUCGACAAUAAUCUCAGUAGAAACACGUUGACGAAGGACUCUAAAGCAUUGCAAGGAAACGGCAAAAUCCACAUAGUGAUUUAAUUUCAAUUUCUUAGCCUCUAUAAAGGCUGUUUUUAAGGACUUUUCUCUCCUGAAUGGAUUGAUUCCUUCAGGAACGUCAUUUUGGAAGUCGAGGCCGUCAUGACAUAACUAGACAUGACAGUACAUAAGAUGAUAUGACCUCAUUUGACCAGACCUUACAUGGGGAGCAAGGGAUCUCCAUCUUUGUGCCUUCUGUAUAAGAACAAAAUAAUUAAAUCUGUUUUUGUUGUGUUUUUAAAGAAGGAAAAAAAGCUUUGUUCCUUGUAGAAAAUGGUUGUUCUUUUUCAAUCUUUACGCUUUUCUAUACAUUUUUAAGAUGUCUUUUAAAUGUUGGAUAUGUUGGUUAGAAGUACAGAUGAUGAAUUUUGUAAUGUCUGGGAUGUUGAGGAAGAACAGCCAUACAUUAAGAGCCUCUGUAUGUUGUAGUUACAUGAAAUCCUCCAUUCUCAUUUGCUGAAGAUAUCCUCAGCCAAUAGGGAUCAUUACAAUCCAAGGGGUCACACCCAUCGUGUAAAUGCAGUGGUGUAACAAACCCUGCCUCUAUGCCGAUUCACCCUGAGAUGCAUCAGCUACAGGAUACUUGAGCUGAUUCACCUCAACUUUUAGCGCACUCAACAAAAAAAAACAUUUAAAUGAACAGACUGAUUUAGACUUCGUGUUGCAAAUUUGGAGUAAUUCUCUGCUGGUAUUUAGUCUUCUAAGGAUGCCAUAGUGGAUAAACCAAGGCCUUGUUUUAAAAUUAUUCACAUUUUGUGUCAAGCCUUCUGGGUGCCAUAUUAUUUGGUUAGCUUGGGGGACUUGUAUAAGCUGCUAAGAGUGAACACAAUGCACACUAGUUUAGCCCCCACCUUUAGCCCUUUCUCCAUACUUUGCCAAGUCAUUAUUUAAAAAUGUAUUAUAUUUUUGGAGAGAUGUUUCUACAUUACUGAGACUUAAAAGUAUGUCUGAUAAAUUAUCUUUGCGUUAUUGCCUGUUGUUCUAGAAGGUCUACGGUACUCACUGCCAUAUCUCAGGUGUUGUACACAUUGUGGGGUGGCAGCGGUUUUGUGGUGCCAUAAACUGGAUGGAUUUAGCAAGAGAUGUUCUACUGCUCAAGUUGUAAUUUAGCACACAUAGACAUGCCCAGGCCAGACUAGUCACUGCAUCCCAAAGAGAUUUUGUUUUGUGGUUUUAUUCACAAGAUAAAGCGCCUUCUCAUACUAUUACACUAUGAAGUGCCUAAGGUUUCUUUCUGCAAUAGAAGCUUUGGAAUAAAGCACGAAGGGUCUCCAUCCCCAUUUUUUAUUUUACAAUUUUAUAACUGUUACCUGUCUCUCGUAUUUGGCUGAAAUUGAGUAUCCAUAAAACUCUUUACCAAGUAAUCCUACUCCGCUGUUUCAUUUGGAUUCAAAGAAGGGGCCAUGUGUUAUGAUGUUGUGGACCCCACACCCAUACUGUCAGAGAAAUAUGUCCAUUUAGGCCUACUCCAUGUCUCCCAAUCUAUAGUUUCUGUUCUUUCGAUAUUUGUAAGCAUUUUAAUCUCUGUUUGUGUCCCAAAUAGCACUCUAUUCCCUAUAUAGUAGUGCUGUAUGGGAUGUUAAGUUGUCUCUUCUGGUGGUGGGACGUGGUAGAGGGUGCACAGAGCAUGACCUGACUGUCUUAUUAUGUCUGAAACACUAAAAGGUAAAGUGGGGUUAGACAUUCAUUUUUACAAAAGCUCAACACUUUUAUUUUGUGGAGGUGGGUGGGUGGGUUGGAGGGGAGGGGGAACCAAAUAUUCACAAAUUUCAAUUAAAGUGUUUUCUGCUUCACUUUCUUUUCUUCUAGUCGAAAGAACCAGUCUUGUUGCUUUAAAAAUGCAUCACUUAAUUGUCAGUAAUGGUGAUUAGGUUAGAGGCCCACACAUGAUACCUGGUAUAUUCAGUCAUAAUGUCUGCUGACAUGAAAUGACUAGAUGUAAUUAAAUAUAUUGACAUUCACAUCAGAAGUGAUGUGUCGAACCCUAAUUAGUAAUGUUUUGGAUAACUGUUUCGGAAGGAGUUAACGUUCGUCCCUGAUUGCGAGUUAGUAUGUAACGCCCAUGAAGGGCAUGCUUAUGGCCCUCAACCAAAGCGACAUCAGAUAUGUCCUGUGUUUGAUUCAAAUAUAGUUUACUGUUAGUGAGAAGUACUAGAUUUCAUGAUCACUUCAUGAUCGCUAAGCAUCUGAAUGAUGCUAGGAUAAUUAUAAUAGUAUUAAUUUUAUCUUACUCAUACGACCGUUUUUAUUUUCUCAAAGUCCUGGAAAGAAAGAAUGUAAAGAACUGGAGAGAAAUGUAUUUGAAAUAGAUUGUCCUAAACAGUCCAUCUGUAAAAAAAAAAAAAAAGUUUUGGUGACUUAUCAAGAGAAUUCUUUGUAAUUAUAAUAAUUUAUUUAUAUGAAAGCCAUAUGUAUACAAAGUCACAAUAUUUUAGAAACAUUGAAAGCAAAGAAUGGAUAGAAAUGUAGCUCUAAAAAGCUUUCGGUGUUCUUUUGUUUUGGAAAUGAAUUAUUCCAACUUCAAAUAUUUUGGCCUUUACAAAAUAUGGAGAUCUAUUUUCAGUGUUCAGUUGGCUUACUUUCUGUAUGGAUUCUUAGAUGCCAACCAAUCGGAACAAAAUGAGACAUGAGUCCGAGGGUACAAUCGAUUGAUGCAGCGUUGUUUUUAUGUAUAUAUUGAUCAAUCUAUUGGAUAGAUUGUCAUGGUGACCAGUCUAGUAUUCUUCUGAUAAGUGAUGGAUGAGAUUUCUGUUUGGAUAAAAUAAUUUCUCCAUUUUAGUUUUUUGUUAACUGGACUCUGUUGGAUUGAUUGUGGGGUUGGGUCAGGUUGUGUACAAUGAACAAACUUCAAAUUUUGCAUAGAAACUAUGCAGUAAUACAUACAGUAUAAUGUAAUGCAAAAAUUAUAAAACAUUACUCUCGUGCACGUCUGGAGUUCAAAAUACUGUUUUUACAGCUAUUUUAUCAAACAAACGUAAGACUCCUGCAUUAUAUUUUGGCUUUUUUGUUAAACUAGCAAUUCUGAAAGUUGUUUUUCAAAGAUGGAAUAAAAACAUUGAUUAGUGCA